AUCUAUAUGAGAAGUCAUUAUAUAUAAGCAUGGGUUUAGGAGGUGGCUAAUCUUUAUUGAGAAUUAAAAGAAUCAGUAAGCUGUAAAAUUGUUUGGAUAUGGAGGAUUUAUUUAGUGAUGUGAUGCAUUACAUAUUUAUAUCAACCCCAGCCUUUGCAAAAACCAAUGCAAUUAUUAUUAUUAAUUCUUGUAAACGAGCCCUAUAAAAAGACGUUAAAUACUAGUAGAACACAACAUUGAUCUCAAAAUAAAAAUAGAUAAUAAAUAUCUCUUUUAAUUCUAUAAAACAAAAAUAGAAUACAGUUUACUUAUUACGAAAAUGAUUCUCAGUUUUACAUAAAAUACUUCAUCUCAAGUUGUCAAUCAAACAAGACAAUGUAUACGAAUAUAAUUUAUAAUAUAAACAAAUAGAUGAAAGAAAUAUUAUAAAACAUAUAGAACAAUCUUAAGAAUACGCAUUGUUGGGGGCUUCCUUGUAGGGAAACACCCCUCCAAAAAGUGGCGUAUGCCGCUUGAAUUGCGACGAGCACACGGUAUUCUUUAGUAAAAGGCGAAAGAAUAGUUCGCUAUGUGCUCAACGCGCGGCUGCGUGAUUUCACAAGUGUAUUCGGCGCUUAUUUUAUAUUGGCACUUGGUUAGACGGUUUCUCUCCCAUUGUCGAUGUGGGACACUUAGCUUUUUUACUUCAAACCAAAGCGCGCCCUCUGCAUCUGCAUUAUUAUUAACAGCACACAACCGGCGUUGUUCAUUCAUAAAUGUGAUGAAACCAGGAGGAGUAACUAACUAACUAAUUGUAGAUUUCCGGCGGGAGCAAGGAAGGGGUAAGGUAAAUCUGGAAUUAGGAGCAACUGAUUCUGUUUCACUUUCCCUCUCCGCUUAACCAACUGUAAUUUCUUCAUCUUGAUGGCGAAAUCAGCAAGAAGCUUCAACAGCUCAUGCAUCGCCAUGAAUCCAUCAUUCUUGUUGCAUCUGAUAUCGGUUUCGCCAUUCUCAACCCCCAAGAAGAGCUCAAGAAACCGCGCCCCCUCUCUCCCUCUCAUCUUCUUCCUCUCUCUCUGGAGCCUCAGCGCAUUACUGGGAAUCUGCAGCCUCGCAUUCUACAACAUAUCUCACAACCCCAUCCCCUGCUCCCUUCUCUCACCUUCACCGCCGCUUCUCUUCGCCUCUCUCUCCUCUGUCUUGAAAGACUACUCACAGUCACGCCCCACAUUAUCAAUCAGCGCCAUGGUGCCCUUGCCCGCGCAUGGCGCUCCUCCAAAUCCAAAUAUCUCCGCAGCGGAGAGGGAGUUCUGGCGCCAGCCCGACGGCGAGGGCUACCGCCCCUGCCUCGAUUUCAGCCUCGACUACCGGAAAUCGUCGGCCAAGAUCUCCAAGGAGAAGAGGAGAUUCUUGGUGGUGGUCGUUUCCGGUGGGCUCAACCAGCAGCGGAAUCAGAUUGUUGAUGCUGUUGUGAUUGCAAGAAUUCUUGAGGCUGCAUUGGUCGUGCCUAUUUUGCAGGUUAAUCGCAUUUGGGGAGACGAAAGUGAGUUUUCAGAUAUAUUUGACUUGGAACAUUUCAAGAAAAGUUUGCAAGCUGAUGUUCGUGUUGUAUCAUCACUCCCUUCUACUCAUCUUGUUUCGAAGCAAUCGAUUGAAAAUCAAAUUCCCUUUCACGUUUCACCCAUGUGGAUCCGAGCAAGAUUCCUUCACCAACUGAAUGAAGAUGGUUUUCUGAUAUUGAAAGGGCUAGAUUCUAGGCUCUCCAAGAAUCUCACCCCGGAUCUGCAGAAGCUCCGGUGCAAGGUAGCAUUCCACGCGCUGAGAUUCGCCUCUCGUGUUCAAGAAGUAGGGAAUCAGAUUGCAAGGAGAAUGUGGAUUGAAGGGCCUUACAUUGCCGUGCAUCUAAGGAUAGAGAAGGAUGUGUGGGUGAGGACAGGAUGCCUUACCGGCUUGGGAGAUGAAUAUGAUGCCAUGAUAGCCAAAGAACGAAGGUCUAACCCGGACUUCCUAACUGAUCGCCUCAACAUGAGCCAAGCUGCACGGCGCCUUGCAGGACUCUGCCCUCUCAGUGCACUAGAAGUAGCAAGAUUUGUGAAGGCUUUAGGGGCGCCUAGCAAUGCUCGCGUGUACAUAGCAGGAGGGGAGCCGUUUGGAGGCAGGCACGCGCUGCAGCCACUGGUGGAUGAGUUCCCAAACAUAGCAACAAAGGUGAGAUUGGCACGAGGGGGAGAGCUCACUCCAUACCUCAACCGAUCCUCGAUUCUUGCAGCCAUAGACUACAUUGUGUCUCUGAGCAGUGAUGUGUUUGUGCCCUCACACGGGGGCAACAUGGGGCGGGCAAUGCAGGGGCACCGGGCGUAUGUAGGGCACCGCAAGUACAUAAGGCCUAACAAGAGAGCGAUGAUACCGUUGCUGGAGGAUGCAUCGAUGUCGGAGCAGGAGUUGAGCAGCAUUGUGCAGCAGAUGCAUAAGUACUCAAUGGGGCACCCUCAGUUGAGGAGCAAGAAGCUGGAUAGAGAUGUCUUGGCAUAUCCAGUGCCUGACUGCAUGUGCAAACAAUGAACAAAUGUAGUAUAAUAUUGUAAAUUCCUGUUUACUUGCAAGAAUCAUCAGCCUUUUCACUAAGUUGCAAUGCAAUCUCAGCAAUGUAAUCUUUUUCAUAUUGAGUUUCAUUCAACAUUCCAACUGCUUUUCAGUUUGGAAUUCUUGCA